AAUUAAUUAAAGCCCACUAUGUAAUUAAACUAAAUCAGGAUUUUAAGUUAAUUACACUAAUAUAUCAACGAAACAACCUGUAUAUAUGUUUAUUUUAUUUAUAUAUACCUAUAUCCUCUCUCCCUCCUGUUUAGUACAAGUAGCUGUCUAUACAUACUCACACACAUAUGUAUACAUAUGCAAGUGUAUAUUAUAUAUAUUUGACCUUUGCCAAGUGAAUAUAUGAUUAAUUUAUACAGCCACUACUGCCAUCCAAAAGACAGCUUUUACUUAUCUUCUUUAUCUCUAUGCAAUUUGAAAUUUGCAGCAUAGAUAUAUAACCCACUAUUCCAGUUUAUACGUAUAUAAGUACCUAUAUAUAUAUAUGUAUCUCCAUCUGAUAUUUGAAACCACACCCACCAUUAAUUUGUUUCUUUCUUUACAAGACAUAGAAGUUGAUGGAAGAGUUGUUGAGCAAGGCUGUAGCAAAUGAAAAAUCUGGCAGCACCGGUAAAGUUUCUUCCAAGCUUGGCAUGCACAAAGAUUCACAUGCCAUCUCCAAAUUGAAGCCAAAGAUUCGCAUCAUCCACAUCUUUGCUCCAGAAAUCAUCAAGACUGACGUCCAAAACUUUCGAGAACUUGUUCAGAGACUCACUGGCAAACCAUCUGCAGAUCGCAGAAGAUCAUCAUCAUCAUCAUCACCGUCCAAGAAGAAACUAAAGAAGCUGAAGCAGCAGCCUGUCAUCCCCACGAAAAACUUGACCAGUUCCAGCUUCACUUUUCAAGAAUAUUCAAGUAGGGUUCAUCAUGAUUCCAUGCUGAAUUUUAAUGAGGUGCCCAGUUUGUUUAAGGUGGAAGAAAAUGAUAAUGGAUCAUGGGAAGGUGGUCAUGAUGGGAGUAGUUCAUCAAGUGGUAAUUUCUUUGAUGGAUUCAUAGAUUUGGAUGGUUUUAUUCAAGAGUUAAGUGAUGGAUUUCCUUCACCAAUACCUGUGAAAUCUUCUCAGAGUAAUUACAUGGAUUUAUUUCAGUCGGAAGGUUAG